CUAUAGUGCAUUUGAAAUGAAGUGUUAUUUAUGCAACAGUGUGUAACACGUGAGAAGAUCUGCUGAUAAUGUUCGUGUGUUUUAUAAACCUGCAGCUUGUAUCGCAGAUCACAGGAUCAGAGUCCAGACAGGGAGGACAGCUAAUUGCUACGCAUGACAGCUGACAGUGUAGUCCGGGUGUGCUAAAGAAAGACAUGGCAAUACUGAAAUCUUGAUUCAGUCAGCAUGGCAAGCGAGACCUCCGUCUCCAAGACUGGACGGCCUCAGUUUCAAGGAGGGAACACUGUGCAGAGGGACAACUCCUAUUUCAUCCGUUCCUUUGUAGCUGGAGGUGUUGCAGGAUGCUGUGCCAAAACCACUAUUGCGCCCCUAGACAGAGUAAAAAUUCUGCUUCAAGCUCAUAAUCCUCAUUACAAACACUUAGGAGUGCUGGCUACACUCAGGGCUGUGCCAAAGAAAGAAGGUCUUCUUGGACUGUACAAAGGAAAUGGAGCCAUGAUGGUCAGGAUAUUCCCGUAUGGAGCCAUUCAGUUUAUGGCCUUUGAUAACUAUAAAAAGUUUCUUAGUACACAGCUGGGAAUAUCUGGGCAUGUUCAUCGGCUUCUGGCUGGGUCUAUGGCAGGAAUGACUGCUGUCAUUUGCACAUAUCCUCUUGAUGUUAUACGUGCUCGUCUGGCAUUUCAGGUGACUGGGGAUCAUCGUUACACUGGCAUAGGAAAUGCUUUUCAAACAAUCUACUUAAAGGAGGGUGGCAUCUCAGGAUUUUACCGUGGUCUGAUUCCAACCAUGAUUGGAAUGGCACCCUAUGCAGGAUUUUCUUUCUUCACAUUUGGGACAUUGAAGAGUUUGGGACUGACACACUUCCCAGAGCUUUUGGGCAAGCCAUCUCUAGACAACCCUGAUGUACUGGUCCUGAAGACACAAGUCAACCUGCUUUGUGGUGGGAUUGCUGGGGCCAUCGCUCAAACCAUAUCAUAUCCACUGGAUGUUGCUCGGAGAAGAAUGCAGUUAGGAGUAGUGCUCCCUGACUCUGACAAAUGCCUUUCCCUUACAAAGACCCUCAAGCAUGUGUACAACCAGUACGGGAUUAAGAACGGACUGUACCGUGGCCUGUCCCUCAACUAUAUCCGCUGUGUACCGUCCCAGGCGGUUGCCUUCACCACGUAUGAGUUUAUGAAACAAGUCCUGCACUUAAACUGAUAUCAAGAACAAAACAGAACCGCUUCUGGAUCGUACCGUCCUCACUGCUAUUCUCAUGCAUGUGUGGUUAGCCAAAUGUCAGCCAACGAACAUCUCUGGAUCUGGACUCUUGGACUGAACAAUCUGCCUUAAACCGGGUUGUAUUAUGUCAUGCGUGAGUAAAACUGGUGAGGCAAAUCAAUAUUUUCCUUCUGCUGCUCUGUAUGUCUUAUAUUGAACAUACAGUGUGUAAUGUGCUGUAAUAAUCUGUAACUGUAAUUCACAAUCAGAAUGAUUUUUUUUUUUUUUUUUUUUUUUUUUUUUUUUUUAUUCGUUUUAUUUGUAGCUUUUUGUUGUUUUAUUACAACCCCACAUCACCACUCCUAAAGAAAAUGCUGAGCACUGAAGAAAAACCUAAUACGAUUCUUUAUUAGAAGUAUUUGUCAUUGUGGGCCAGAGGGGCGGCACGGUGGCUUAGUGGGUAGCACUGUCGCCUCACAGCAAGAAGGUCCUGGGUUCGAACCCCAGGUGGGGCGGUCCGGGUCCUUUCUGUGUGGAGUUUGCAUGUUCUCCCCGUGUCUGCGUGGGUUUACUCCGGGUGCUCCGGUUUCCUCCCACAGUCCAAAGACAUGCAAGUGAGGUGAAUUGAAGAUACUAAAUUGUCAAAAAACACUGUGCUUGAUAUAAAAACUUGAACUGAUAAACCUUGUGUAAUGAAUAACUACCGUUCCUGUCAUGAAUGUAACCAAUGUGUAAAACAUGACGUUAAAAUCCUAAUAAACAAACAAACAUUGUG